CCAUUACGAAAAGUGAAGCCCCUCGGCCCUCGGGGGAUUUAUUUAGGAUUCCUCUCUCCUCAGACACACACACACACACACACGGAGAGAGAGAGAGACAGAAAAACUUUUCAGUCGGUGAUUCAACGUGUUCAGAUAGUGACACAGUUCUGUGCGUCAGCGUGAAGCUUAUGGCGCACAGCUCCAUUAUUUAGUUUCGGAUGGUGGUUCGUUUCUUGACAAAUAAAUGCGUAUCUAGUGCCGGAAUUUUAAACAAAAACAAAAAAACAUAUCGACACGUUACUACAUCUGUUUUGUUUUUGUUCGUGUGUGCUGUGUGUGUGUGUUCCAGACAGAUUUCUGCCAAUCAAAAGGAUGACGCGCAAUAAUCAAAUGGGGUUAUUGUUGUCGACGCCGCCGCUUUUGCUGUCGUCGACGUCGUCGUAAACCAGAACCGGUUGAAACGUACACGUGGCGAUAAGAAGCCGCAGCCAAAUAGCGCGGCUGUACGUAAACGAAGGCGUGUAACAUCCAGCAGCAGCUCAUCCGGAAUCAGAUACAAAGCCUACUCGUAUUACGUAUAUUUUAUUGGCUUGCAGAAGAAGAAGAAGAAGAUCAAAAAUCCCUUCCAACUGUUUCAUCGCCAUGACGACAUCUACCCAACACGAGCCAUCCGUCUGGUGGUUAAGGAUGGCGUGUUUCUUCUUCUUUGCAGGCCUAUCGUGUUACACACCGCUGCUGGCCGCUCAUCUCCAGUGGCUCGGAUUCGAUCUGCAGGAAAUCGGAAUCAUCAAUUUAAUUGCUUCAACUGGAGCAGCGCUUGGCUUGCUGUUGGCCGCUGCGUGGACGCCACGUUACGGCCAUCGAUCCAAUCUGGCCGUUGCGGUCUUAACGGCCGCCUUUUGCGGCGCCGGUUUGAUCCUCGUGCCCCGAUUGAACGAACGCCUUCACGGCCGCUCCGAUACGGAACGACCCGUGGCCGAAAUUCUGUGCCGACCCGAAGGUUCCGCUUUGUUUUUCAGAAAAUGCGGCGACACUUGCGAGCUGGACGCUGUGGCGCGGACCGAACUGUCCGUCUCUGAUUGCCGAUUCGAACCGCAAUCGCGACUUCCUGUUCAUUUCAUCGACUGGAUCAAUCGAUUCGCGCUGACCAACGUCAAUGGCGGCAAAGGUAGCGAUGGAAUGGACGACGAUCUGAGCGAGCCGGAAAGAGGAGACCUUCCGCAAAAGAUCCCCGUCCAGACAUCCGGUUUCGAAGAUCAAUUCAAUCCGAGCGACGUCGAAACAGAUGAGACCCUGUUGCCCGGCCAAUCGGGCUCCCCGCCAUCGGGAGUGGCUCCCUACGAAUACGAUUACGAUGAGAAUCAUCGACAAGACGACGCCCUGCAAGAGAUUGAACGUCGUCGCAAGAAGAGGCAGUCGAUACCGCUGAUGGACGACGCCGGCCAGUUGCCGCCCACCUUGCAAAUCGACGACGAGUUCGAGAUCGCAGAGAAAGCCGAUUUGCCGUACACAUCGUCGCCGCACAUCUGUUUUUCCAGCUACUCUUCGUCGACGACAACUUGUCACGUUUUCACGGGAACUAAUCACCUGUUCCGGUUCAACACGUCAUUCUAUUCGGGCAUCACUCACAACGGCCAGUGUUUCUAUUCGCUCAAUUACGACGACGUCGACCGCCAGAUUCUUUCCGAAUUGCGAUGUCGAUCUAACAAACCCAAUCAUCAGGUGCGUUGUCGAGCGGAAGGGAUGAAGUUAAGAGCUAGCGUGACACGAAACGGCACGAGCACUUGUCACGGCCGACCUGCCGAUAGCAACUUCCAUUUGGUUUUCUGGCUGUACGUGAUUUUCCGUACGUGCGGAGAAAUGGCCAUCAUCGCCACCGUCCUACUGCUGCGCAUCGUCACGCUCAACCAAGAUCACGAGAAUACCGUCAACGGGAGCGGCUGGAUGACGCAAAGACGAUCAUCGCUCGUCCUGUGGUGGAUUUGGGCUUUAUUCGGCCUGGUGGCCAUGGCGCCGCUGGCCGGAUGGAUAGCCGAUGUCGUCAGUUUUGGCAUCGCUUUUCUACUGGGCAGCGUCAUGCUCGCACUGACCGCAUUUUGCAUCGCCCUGUCGCCCAAUUCGCUUCCUUCUCGCCCUCACCCCAUGCUGGAGGCCACCCUGGCCAUCGAAGAGGAGCCGGAAGACACGACCUGCGUGACUCCACCCCUUUACCGUAUCUGCGGACGAGAUCUUUGCGCCAUUUUGUCUGACGGAACGGCCGUUCUCAUUCUGCUGUUUAUGUCGCUCUUGGGAAUGGCUGCCGCAGUCAAUCCCACCAUUUUUUAUUGGCAUUUACUCGAAUUGGGUUCAACACGGCUCAUGUUGGCCGCUUGCGUUACGGCCCAGUGGCUGCCCAUCGCUCCGCUUGUUCUCCUCCUCAGCGGAUGGCUGUGGAAGCGAUGCGGCCAUCGUUACAUUUUCAUCAUCGGACUUUUACUUUAUUCCAUUCGCUUCCUCGGAUAUACAAUGCUGGACCAGUAUGUGUGGAUCGUUGUCAUAGAAACGCUAGAGCCGCUUUGUAGUUUGUGGAUGCUACUGACAGCUGCAGAGCGUAUUGAACGAUUAGAGUGUCGAUAUCGCGAUGUCGGCAUCGGACGAGAUCGUUGGCACUCCUGGAAAGUGAAUACCUGGGCAUUGGUCAUCCUCUUCCAUUAUUCACUGGGACGAGCAUUAGGGGGAUUGGUGUCGUCGCUUGCGGCUCACCAUUUCGGAUUGGUGAGGGUCUUUGUUGGCGCUGCACUCAUCUGCCUAUUUGUGGCUGCUUGCUGGUUCCUCUGGAUUCAUUUGAAAUCUCCGUGUCAAUCGAAUCGGCGGAAGAGUUUGGCCCAUAACAGCGCCAGUCCAUCUCCUAAAGAAACAGCCGAACCGCCACGCCUUCGGAAUGAGGCUGAACAAGAACGGAAGCAAAAGCUUCUUCGAUCCAGUCCCGUGUGAUCAUCGUAGCCAUUGCGCCACGUCAGUGGUGCAACUUUAUUUGAAGCCUAAAAAUAUUAUUAUCUUUAUUCUUAAUAAUAAUUUCAUUGCUCACCUCAUGUUGUCACACCUCUUGUCACCUCAUGAAUCCUAACCUGCCUAAAAUGAGAACUAGAUCUAACAGUUGCCUUAUAUUAUAUACAGUAUACAUAAGAAAGGAAAGAAGAGUGAUGGUUGCAUAAUAUGCCAUUGAUAAAUUCCUAAUGACGUAGAUAUUAUAGGGAGACGUGCACUGAUUUGGAAUAUACAAGAAGACAGUGGAAA